AAGCCAAUAGCGGGUAAAUAUCUAGACUGUCUGACGGGUUCAGACCAUAGACAGUCUACAGUCUAGAUAUUUAGCCGUCGUUGCGAAAAACACAUAAAAGUUUCGAGAUUCUGAUAAUGAUUCUGAUAAUUCGAUAACAGAGAAAAUAGUAUCAAAGCUCAAAGAGCAGCAUUAAUAUAAACAUUAUUUUUGAAUCGUCGUGUUGGAUAUUGGAUACUGCAUUGUUCUUUGAUCUCCGGCUACAGUGUACAUUAUUGCAGUGAAUUCAUUUUUCUUUCAAAAAAUGUCUUCCUUCAUGGUUUUAAAGAGGAGUUUCUCUGCCAGUGCUGUGAGAAAUACUAUUAAAAAUGUUACAGUAAUUGGAGGUGGACUUAUGGGUUCAGGCAUAGCUCAGGUAGCAGCUCAAACUGGCCACAAUGUUACCUUAGUUGAAAUGAAUGCAGAUCUACUGAAAAAAGCUGAGGACAGCAUCAUCAUAAAUGUUGGAAGAGUAGCCAAGAAAUUGUACAAAGAUGACCCAGAUGGUGCCAAAAAGUUCAUAGAAAAUACAAGGUCACGGAUUCAAGGCUCCACAAGUCCCACUGAAGCUGUAAAAGACAGUGAUCUAGUGAUUGAGGCUAUUGUAGAAAAAUUAGGAAGCAAGCAUGCUCUGUUCAAAAGCAUAGACAAUGCUGCCCCUUCCAAAACAAUUUUUGCUUCAAAUACUAGCUCCUUGUCCAUUGGUCAAAUAGCUUCAGUAACAAGCAGGAAAGAUAAAUUCACUGGUUUACACUUUUUCAAUCCUGUGCCUGUCAUGAAACUGUUGGAAGUUGUGAGGACUCCUGACACUUCAGAUGAAACAUAUCAAUCAGCCAUGGCAUGGGGAAAAGCCAUUGGUAAAACAUGCAUCACAUGCAAAGAUACACCUGGAUUUGUGGUCAAUAGGUUACUUGUGCCUUACAUUGCAGAAUCUGUUAGAAUGCUGGAAAGAGGUGACGCAUCCGCUCGCGACAUCGACAUUGCCAUGAAGCUGGGGGCCGGCUACCCCAUGGGGCCCAUCGAGCUGUCGGACUACGUCGGCCACGACACCACCCUGUCCAUCUUGGAGGGGUGGCACGAGAAGUUCCCCGACAACCCACUGUUCAACCCUUCCAGCGCCCUUAGGAAGCUGGUCGACGAAGGGAAACUGGGGAUCAAAUCGGGAGAAGGAUUCUACAAAUAUAAUAAGUAAUGACGGAUUUGUUGGCGUCUCUUCAUGACUGAUUUCAUAGGAAGCUCAUAGAAAUUCCAACAAUUUACUCCAUAAAGAAAUUCAGUUCCAUUCUGUCUU